AUUUUUAAAUAUUAUUUUACUUGACGCAACGAGACCAGGUGAAAGACCAUGGAAACGAGUUAAUUGCAGGGUCCAAAUGAACUAUUUAUAUUAUAUUAAAACUUUGUUCAAAGGUAUCGUAAUAUUUAGUGUACAAUAUCACAGUGGGCCUGCGUUCAUAGUAGAAUCAGUACUGUGUGAAACAAGGCAUAAUAGCUAUAUUCGUGCACCCCGGUUAGAGAAUUUACAUUGGCAUGGUUUAGGUAUUUACGUAGUUUAGGUAGAUACAAUGCCUUAAAAGCUAAAAUGAUAAAAACUAGAAGCCUUAAUGAGAAAAAUAUACAAGACUGUUUAUUCUUUAUGAAACGUAAGCAGGUGGUCCCUAAUUACAUCUAGAAUUGCUAUGAUACUAUGUUUACAGAUCUUUUAAUUACAGUGAUCCCCCGCCUAUCGCGGAAGAUGCGUUCCAGACCUAUCAGCGAUAGGUGAAAAUCCGCGAUACAGAAAGACCAUAUAAAUAAACAUUUUUUAUAGUUUAAGCCUUAAAGUACCCCUCCCACACACUUUAAACACAUGUAAACUUAUUAAAACAACACAUAUGAUAUGUGGAUGUCGGGCUAAGGAUAUGCGUAACAUAAUAAUAAUAAUAAUAAUAAUAAUAAUAUUUAAUGUAUAUGUAUAUAUAUCUCUCACUCUCUGUAUACGUAAUGGAAUAUAUAAAAAUAAACAUUCAUGGCUCUUAUAUUCUUUUCAUCCUUCUUGAUGUAGCGUGCCAUCGAUUCAUUAAAUGCAUAAUGGCGAGCGACGUCCGCGUAACACUUUCCUUCCCGAAGCAUAUCCGGAUGUUUUACCUUCUCCUGAAUGAUCUAGGUCUUCCUCUGGCGCUUAGACUCACUACUACCAGAAGGCUUAGAAGUCAUCGUAGCCAUUGGGAGCCAUCGUAGGGCUUAAAACAAAACGAAAUUAAAUCAGACCACAAGCAAGGUACGCUUUAUGUAGAGAACUGUGACGCGUCGGUGAAAAAUCCGCAAUAUAGCGGGGGCGCGAUAUAACGGGGGAUCACUGUAUGCGUUAUUACAAUAUAAUAUUCCGUUUGUGCUUUGUAACUUUUAUCCAUAAACUCAUUGCUUAAAAUGUAUUGUCAGUAAGCAUAGCGGACCAGAUCCUUAAUCGAGUUAUGUCGUUGCUCAUUAAUUUCAUUCAGGAUUUAGUCAUUCGUAGUAGUGGCGGCAAUUGCAAAAUGCUGUAUACCAGGGGCGUCAAAAUGCAGUCCUGGAGGGCCGGAGCCUUGUGUAGCUUAGUUCUUUCCCUGUUCUUCUACAAAUUAUGUAGCUGUGUAGUAAUGGGUCGUAUUAAGUUGACGUCAUUGUCCAAGGUACGCUUAAAUGAAAACGAGGCGGUGGCCAUUUUACCGGGGUGCGAGUGACAACAGCAGCAAGAAAACCCCGAAUCUAAGUUUCUUCUGUAAACCUUCGGAUCAUAAAAAUCAAGGCAAAGAGACCGAAGAGCUGCCGGAAAGGCUACAGAAAACGUAACUGAGAUCCAUCAAUCGAAAGAACUUGAACGACCAUACUGUCAAGAAGUGGCACGUUCUGUGUUCUGAGAAUGGACAGUAUCUCAUUAAAAUAAGCGUUAAAUGUAUUAAAAAUGCAUAUUCGUUUCCUUUUGAGCACUUGGUAAUUUGUAUUUUGCUAGAUGGAAAAAAAUCAGAUGGAGGCUAAUUUGUAACAAAAUAGAAUGAGAGCCUGUCCUGGAGCCGGCAUCUUAUCGUGGUGGAGGGGUUUGCAUGUUCCAAUGAUCCCAGGAGCUAUGUUGCCCGGGGCUUUAUGCUCCUGGUAGAGUCACCCAAGGCAAACAGGUCCUGGGUGAGGAAGCAGAUGAAGUACGGCUCACAAGACCCCUAAUGACGGACAACAUUUUGAAUCCGCGGUUUCCCUUGCCCGGACACGGGUCACCGGGGCCCCCCCUGGAGCCAGGCCUGGGGGUGGGACUCGAUGGCGAGUGCCUGGUGGCCAGGCCUACACCCAUGGGGCCUGGUCGGGCACAGCCCGAACAAGGCAUGUGGGUUCCCCCUCCAAUAGGCUCACCACCUAUAGGAGAGGCCAUAGGGGUCGGGUGCAAUGUGAGUUGGGCAGCAGCCAAAGGCGGGAACCUUGGCCUUUGAGCUAGCUUCUGCAGCCGAUCCUUGGCUGCAGAAGCUAGCUCUAGGGACAUGGAAUGUCACCUCUCUGAUGAGGAAGGAGCCUGAGCUGGUGCGUGAGGUUAUGAAGUUCCGGCUAGAUAUAGUUGGGCUCACCUCGUCGCAUGGCUCUGGAACCAUUUGUAGGGGGUUGGACCCUUUUCCACUUUGGAGUUGCCCAUGGGGAGAGGCGCCGAGCGGGGGUGGGCAUACUUAUUGCCCCCUGGCUGGGCGCCUGUACAUUGGGGUUUACCGCAGUGGACGAGAGGGUAGCCUCCCUUCGCCUUUGGGUGGGGGGAAGGGUCCUGACUGUUAUUUGUGCUUAUGCGCCAAACAGCAGUUCAGAAUACCCACCCUUUUUGGAGUCCUUGGAAGGGGUGUUGGAGAGUGCUCCUCCUGGGGACUCUCUUGUUCUGCUGGGGGACUUCAAUGCUCACUUGGGCAAUGACAGUGAGACCUGGAGUGGCAUGAUCGGGAGGAACAGCCCCCCCCCAAAUCUGAACCCGAGCGGUGCUUUAUUAUUGGACUUCUGUGCUCGUCACGGAUUGUCCAUAAUGAACACCAUGUUCAAGCAUAAGGGUGUCCGUAUGUGCACUUGGCACCAGGACACCCUAGGUCGCAGUUCGAUGAUCGACUUAGUAGUCGUGUCGUCAGACUUGCGGCCGCAUGUCUUGGACACUCGGGUGAAGAGAGGGGCGGAGCUGUCAACUGAUCAAUAUCUGGUGGUGGGUUGGCUCUGCUGGUGGGGGAGGAAGCCGGCAAGGCCUGGCAGGCCAAGUCUGGCGAAUCCCCGUUAAGAGGAGUUUCAACUCCUACCUCCGGCAGAACUUCUCCCAUAUACCGAGGGAGGCGGGGGACAUUGAGUCCGAAUGGGCCAUAUUCCGCGCCUCCAUUGUGGAGGCAGCUGAUCGGAGCUGUGGCCGUAAUCCCCGAACCCGCUGGUAGACACCGGUGGUGAGGGAUGCCGUCAAGCUGAAGAAGGAGUCCUAUCGGGCUUUUUUGGCCUGUGGGACUCCGGAGGCAGCUGAUAGGUACUGGCGGGCCAAGCGGGAUGUGGCUUCGGCGGUUGCUGAGGCAAAAACUUGGGUGUGGGAGGAAUUUGGUGAGGCCAUGGCAAACGACUUCUGGACGGCUUCAAGGAGAUUCUGGUCCACCAUCCGGCGGCUCAGGGCGGGAAAGCGGUGCAACAUCAACACUGUUUAUGGUGGGGAUGGUGUGCUGCUGAGCUCAACUCGGAACGUUUUGGGUUGGUGGAAGGAAUACUUUUAAGACCUCCUCAAUCCCACCGACACGCCUUCCGAUAUGGAAGCAGAGCAUGGGGACUUGGGGGUGGACUCGCCUAUCUCUGGGGCGGAGGUUGCUGAGGUGGUUAAAAAGCUCCUCGGUGGCCGAGCCCCAGGGCUGGAUGAGAUUCGCCCGGAGUUCCUCAAGGCUCUGGAUGUUGCGGGGCUGCCUUGGUUGACACGCAUCUGCGGCAUCGCGUGGACAUCUGGGGCAGUGCCUCUGGACUGGCAGACCGGGGUGGUGGUCCCCCUCUUUAAGAAAGGGGACCAGAGGUUGUCCAGUUUGGUGACCUCAGGAUUAGGUCUCUGCUUUUUGCAGAUGAUGUGGUUCUGUUGGCUUCAUCGGACCGUGACCUUCGGCUCUCGCUGGGACAGUUCACAGCCGAGUGUGAAGCGGCUGGGAUGAGAAUCAGCACCUCCAAAUCUGAGACCGUGGUCCUCAGCCGGAAAAGGGUAGAAUGCUCUCUCUGGGUUGGGGAUGGGGUCCUCUCCCAAGUGGAGGAGUUUAAGUAUCUCGGGGUCUUGUUCACUAGUGAGGGAAUGAUGGAACGGGAGAUCGACAGGCGGAUCGGUGCGGCGUCAGCAGUGAUGCGGGUGGAAAAGAGCUGAUGGUGAAGAAAGAGCUGAGCCAAAAGGCAAAGCUCUCGAUUUACCAGUCAAUCUGCGUUCCUAACCUCAUCUAUGGUCACAAGCUAUGGGUAGUGACUGAAAGAACAAGAUCGCGAGUGCAAGCGGCCGAAAUGGGUUUCCUCCGCAGGGUGGCUGGGCUCUCCCUUAGAGAUAGGGUGAGGAGCUCAGUAAUUCGGGAGGGACUCAGAGUAGAGCUGCUGCUCCUCCGCAUUGAGAGGAGCCAGAUGAGGUGUCAUUCUAAAUUAUGUUAAUUUCAACAGACAUGUUCAGGCAGUGGCAUCUUGGGGUUUAUCAUAUAUGGAAACCUUCCUUAGCGAUAAAUGAGACUAACUAGUUUUGUUCCUAAGGACAAAGUUAAAUUCUAUCAUGUACUGUAAUCGUGGGAGUUUUAUAACCACUGAGCUCGUGUAAAAGGGAGAACCGACUGGUGAAAUUGACGUUGCAUAUCAUCUGCGUCACUGGUCACUGGUCCCGUUUGUAUUUUUUGAGUGUAUAUCUAAAUAAUAGUUUCUUUGAGUUCAUGUUCGGUACCCUACUUACUGUAAGACAAAGCUGACAAUUCACGCAUUAUGACCAUUUGUGACCUUCCAGCACAAAACUGUACGGAAGUCACAUGGCGGUAUUUUUAGAUAUUUUUUGAGGUUUUUUUUGUGCUCUCUCAUUUGAUACCAUAAUUAUAAUUUCUAUAUAUUCAUGGCCUAUAUUAUAAAUUUUUGACCCAAGUGCAUGGUUUUGUGCUGGAGGGUCACAUUUAAGAAUGCGUUACAGUGCCUCAUUGCGCCUGCAUUUACACUUUAUGCUUAACUAGAUUACUUCUUUCAAAUGAUAUGAAGUAAUGCCUUAGUCCCAUUUGCCUGAACAAAGUACAGCUUUUCAUAGUCCUGAGCACUCGCUAUAUAUUUAGUUUAUAUGAAACUUUCUUCAACAUUGAAAAGAAAUACAGAACUUUAUGCAUCUGUGCGACGGACGUCUCCGACAUUCCCUGGUGAAAUGGCCGCUACGCGCAAAUCGUAUUACGCAUGUAACUUAAUACAACCCAUUAGCACAAGUAGUUGAAUCUGGUGUGUUAGAUGAAGGGAAGCCUAAAAAUGUGUAGUGCUCCGGCCCUCCAGGACCGGAUACGAAUGAACACCGAACCGGUCCGUUGUGUGUAAAAUAAUGCAUUUCUUUCAACGGGCGGGCAUUUUUGUGAUUAUACAUGUAUUCUAUGUGGUAUUCAUUCAUUCAUUAGGUACUAUAAUAACUUAAUAACACUUAAGAGACACCUUCUCCAUGCCAAAUGUAAAAUUAGUCGUAAUAACAACAGCAAACAAAAUGUAAAUAGAAAUUUUGGUCAGUAUAAGUUCAAAUAAAUUCACAAGUACUUAUAACUGGAAAAUGUAACUAUUAUUGACAAGAGUAUCUUUAUAUGUGUCUGUAUUAUUGCACAUUUUAGUUAUUCAUAUUUAUUUCUAAUUUAAAAAAAAAUAAAUUGGGGUAUGGAGCCCCUAAAGCAAACUACAAUGGGGUAAAUGUAUGAAUACUAUAUGGGGACACUCAUAAGAUGACCGAUUAUAGUGGUUUAUUUCUUGAUUAUAGUUUAGUAGUUUAUUUUGUUGAUGGCUAGUUACAAAGGAUGAAUCAGUGAGUAAACAGUAGAAAAUCCUUUGCAGUGUAGUGUGUACAGUAAUUGCAUCAUGUUCCUUAGAAGGAGCUCUUGCUCAGGUUUUGCUGCAUUUAUAAUACUGAGGAACACAAAAACAUAUCAUAAGUGUGUCAUUGUAAUCAUUGUCAAAUAUGUUUUUUCCAUUGCAUUUUUUUUUUAAUCUUCUGUGCACAUUGAGAUUAUCUUGUCAGGUUUCUUCAAGUGACAAUGCCUCGCUCGGUCAAGUCUCGAAAAAUCAAAGGUCACCCCGUUCCAGUCCCCACCCCAAGUAUUCCAGUUAAGAGCAUCAAGGAACUGGAUGUUAUACGGGGUUCCCUCUUCAUGCCCCAGUGGUGCAAACUGGUGGCGCAGGAGCAAGGAGAAGAAGUGGUGGUAGCAAUUUUGGAUAAACUGAUAAACGAUGUGAUGGAGAAGUGCUAUAAGAUGCACCAGGAAAGGCAGUUGGUACCCUUUGUAGGUUCCUUUGCGCGAAACAUCCUAGUGAAGUUGGUGGAGGCUGUGUCCUUAAAAAAGGAUGAGGGUGAGGACCCUGAUGCUGGUCCUCUCUGGGAAGAGGAUAGUGAGCCCCAGCCAUGUCCUGGUGAUUCUUGGGCACAGUUCAGUGUCCCUUUGGUUUAUUCCAGACCACAGGUAACUGCGGGUGCACUACCCCAGAAGGAGUUUCAGGAAAGCUUGCCUUAUGAAAUUCUUCAUAAGGAGCACCAAAACCAUGAAAAAUCAACAAAAUCACAGAAUAGCACAACCAGAGCUAGCAAGCCCGUAGCACUACAGCCAGAAACACCAAAAGCAGCAUCACCACUGAAAAGAGAGCAAAGGAGGAAGAAACCACAGCACCUCAAAGUGGCACAUCCAAUUCCCAAUGCUCCACAGUCAGCGCAGCUUGCUGCAGAAUUGAGCAAUCAAAAAGAAGACCUGGGUCACCUUAAAAACCAACUUAUGGCUAAAUGUUCACCUGAGCGUUUAAGGUUGCCCAAACUGAAUGUCUACUACCCACGCAGGCAGGCAGUCUGGCCUGGGUUUGAGGUGCUGAACUUAAAUACUUCACUCCCUCGUUCACAGAGGGUAAAGGGUCACUCAGCAGCAGAGAAACUGCUCAUGCGCAGACCUGCAAGGCACAAUGGCAACUCCUUCCCCACCCUGAAGAAGAACCCAUUGAAUGGAGGCCUGAAUCACCCUUCCAGCAGUAGUCUGGUUAAGGAAACAAACCAACCCCAGCAUUCCAUACCCUCCUCAUCAAUAAUGAUGUUGGAUUCAACGAGUCUCUCCCCUGGAGUGACCCAGAGGAACUAACAUGACAGAUCCUCUAAGCAGCACAGUUAUGCACUGGGCCACAGGCAAAAUCUCCAGCCAAUCAUAAACAGUGCUCCAUUGCCACUGCACUCUGGGGAUCAACUAACAUUUCAGCACAGGGUAAACAUCACCAGAACAUAGAAUUUAGUGAUAAGUCAUAUACAGAAUAUUGUUAAAAAUAACCAUAUAGCAAUAAUCAUAAUAUUAUUAGAUUACUUAGAGAAUGAGUUGCUCAAAAUUAUAUGAUUAACAAAAAUAAGUUGGCUUUUGUGCUAUAAUUUCCUUCACUUUAUAUUUUACAAUUAUUUCCGCUUUGAACAUUGCUAAUUACUGCUGAAUGGUAUCCUAUUCAUUUAUGUAAUUCACUUUUAUUGAUUUGCCAGAUGCUUUUGUUUAAAGAAAUGUAAAAUUGUUGCAGGUAAUACACAUCAAGGAUGGAGCUGGUAAAGAGACAACUUUGGUCGAAAUGCUCUGAGGCUAAUCUUACAAUGAUUGACCAGAAACAAACAUAUUGCUUAUAUAUUUUUGGCACAUUGUAACACUUAAUUUGGUAUGUUAUUAUUGUAUUGUGACAUUACAAACCAUUGAUUUAUUAUUCAAUGUAUUAUUAUGAUGUAUUAUUGCUUUUUUAAAACAAAAAAAAUGCUUUAAAAUAU